CUCCCCUAAGCGGGGCGCCAGCCCUCGGCCACCCCCGCCCGUUCUGGCCGCGAUGCCCGCCCCCCAGGGCCCCGGCGGCCCGCGCCUCUGCUAGGCUGCGGCGGCAUGGCCCGCGCGCCCGGCGCGACCUCUGCGGAUUGCAUCGGUGUGUGGCGGCGGGGCAUGCCCAGGGCACCGGGCACGGCCUUCAAUGGGCGAGGACACGGACACGCGGAAAAUUAACCACAGCUUCCUGCGGGACCACAGCUAUGUGACUGAAGCUGACAUCAUCUCUACCGUUGAGUUCAACCACACUGGAGAGCUGCUGGCCACAGGUGACAAGGGCGGCCGAGUUGUCAUCUUCCAGCGGGAACCAGAGAGUAAAAAUGCACCUCACAGCCAGGGCGAGUAUGACGUCUACAGCACUUUCCAGAGCCACGAGCCAGAGUUCGACUAUCUUAAGAGCCUGGAGAUAGAGGAGAAAAUCAACAAGAUCAAAUGGCUCCCGCAGCAGAACGCCGCCCACUCGCUCCUGUCCACCAAUGAUAAAACUAUCAAAUUAUGGAAGAUUACCGAGCGAGAUAAGAGGCCCGAGGGAUAUAACCUAAAGGACGAGGAAGGGAAACUGAAGGACCUGUCCACAGUGACGUCACUGCAGGUGCCUGUGCUGAAGCCCAUGGACCUGAUGGUGGAGGUGAGCCCUCGGAGGAUCUUUGCCAACGGCCACACCUACCACAUCAACUCCAUCUCCGUCAACAGCGACUGUGAGACCUACAUGUCCGCAGAUGACCUGCGCAUCAACCUCUGGCACCUGGCCAUCACCGACAGGAGCUUCAACAUUGUGGACAUCAAGCCAGCCAACAUGGAAGACCUCACGGAGGUGAUCACAGCAUCUGAGUUCCACCCGCACCACUGCAACCUCUUUGUCUACAGCAGCAGCAAGGGCUCCCUGCGGCUCUGUGACAUGCGGGCAGCUGCCCUGUGCGACAAGCACUCCAAGCUCUUCGAAGAGCCCGAGGACCCCAGUAACCGCUCCUUCUUCUCAGAAAUCAUCUCCUCCGUGUCAGACGUGAAGUUCAGCCACAGUGGCCGGUAUAUGCUCACUCGGGACUAUCUCACGGUCAAGGUCUGGGACCUGAACAUGGAGGCGAGACCCAUAGAGACCUACCAGGUCCAUGACUAUCUUCGGAGCAAGCUCUGCUCUCUGUAUGAGAAUGACUGCAUUUUUGACAAGUUUGAAUGCGCCUGGAACGGGAGUGACAGUGUCAUCAUGACUGGGGCCUACAACAACUUCUUUCGCAUGUUUGACCGCAACACCAAGCGGGACGUGACCCUGGAGGCAUCUCGGGAGAGCAGCAAGCCCCGGGCCGUGCUCAAGCCGAGGCGUGUGUGUGUGGGCGGCAAGCGCAGGCGUGACGAUAUCAGCGUGGACAGCUUGGACUUCACCAAGAAGAUCUUGCACACAGCCUGGCACCCAGCAGAGAACAUCAUUGCCAUUGCAGCCACCAACAACCUGUACAUCUUCCAGGACAAGGUGAACUCUGACAUGCACUAGGUGAGUGGAGGCCCCGGCUCCUACACCCAGCCUGCCCCUACACCCAGCCUCGUGGACUUGUCCCCGACGUGACCUUCAUAGCCACGACGUGGAGGAGGGGAGGAGAGGCAGCGGCACCAAGGACAGGGGUGGCAGUGUGUGGACACUGUCGCGUGGGCCCCUGCCCGGCCAGCUUCCCCAGGCCAAAAUCGCCUCUGGCAGCAACUGUCUGCUUAACAAAAGGGAAAGAAAGGUUCACAGCUAUAGAUCAUCAAAUGGACAUGACUGUCACGCAUCACAGUUCUGGGCUCCUUCAUUCACGUGCCCUCCUAUCUCGGUCUGCGGCCUUCAGCACAUUAAUAGGAAUUUUUAUGUAUCCAGGUUAAUUUUUCACUCCCGUGGGUCCUCUGGGUGGGGGGAGUCUGAAGCCACAUGCCCCCUGUGCCUCACUGGUCCCAGAUACGGGCUCUGGGGAGAGUCGAGGAAGCUCAAACAGCUAGCCAGGGAUUCCCUCGAUUGUAACUGGAGAAAUUUGCCCUGUCUCAGAGCUGAUUUUCUCACCGUUGCUUUUUGGAUAGUGAAUUCAUGCUGAGAAUUUGCAGAUAAGAUUCAAGCUUUUCUUUUAGGUUUCUUAGGUUUUCUUUUAGGUUUUAGCGUCUUUCAGUGUCCUGGGGCCCAGGUCUGGUAGGGCUUCCUGGGAGGAAGGGGAGGGGUCGUUUGGUGUGUGUGGCUGAUCCUCACCUCAUCCAACCACCACCAGCUGACCCUCUGCCAGGUGCUGGGUGUAGUGCCCAGCCCAGAGGCACGUUCAUUUCAUCCCUGACCUUCUCCGUGGUUCUCCCACUGUCCUCCAGUGUUCUCUUGGCACCUCCCAGGACCUAACCCCAGCUCCCACUCAUGACCUUUGUGAAUUCCCCUCAUGACUGCAAGGUGGGUGUCCACUCACUUCCUGCAUAAAUACCACUUGAUCCUGCCAGGCUCUGGGAGAGGUCAACAAGGUUACUGCCUCUGUCCACGUGCAGAAACUGAAGCUCUGAGCGGAUAAACCAGUUGCCCAGGGCAGGCCCCAGCUGCAUGGUGCAGUCAGGAGUCCAUCUAGGUCUCUGCACGAGACUCUUCCCAGUCCAACCACAGUCUAAUAGGGAGCUCUGGACAGGAAAUGCUUCCUUGUCUUGUGAAGUACAUGGAUCCUGGGAGAACAGGAAGAUGGGGAAGACCCACAGGUGGGUCUUCACUCUGCCUGGUGACUUCAGGAGCUCAGCCCUCCCUGGGACUUCUGGCUCCCCCCAUGUCUGCACUGAACUGCCUCCAGGAGGACAUCACAUGUUGUGACUGUAGGGUAUGUUUUCUUUAAGGACCAUGUAGACCCUGAGGACUCUGUCAUUUGGGAGCUCUUCCCCUCUGAGGCUGAGGGCCGAAGAGAAUGUGCUGUUUCCACAGUAGAUCCUCCUGUCCUGCCGAGGCCAGCCCACCCACCCGAGUCGUCUCUGCUUAUGGAACUGUGGCAGAACCAUGCGACUUGGCAUUUUGAUUCAGAACGCAGAGUGCAGAGGCCCGACCAGCCCCAGCUUCCUUUAUUUUGUUUUGUCUAUAAGAUGAAACAUAACCCAGGAAAUAGACGUAACUGGGAGUCUUCUCAGUGGAUUACAGCGUACUUCGUGUGUGUCAAAGCACAACAUGCAUGUGCACUCCCUUCUGGCCAUACAACAUUUAUUUACACAGGAAAAUGGAUCCAUUCUUUUUUUGUUUUAAUCAACAUGAAUGAAGAAUGUUUGUUUAUAUAUCACCGUAAAAUCCAGGAGACCUGGACAGUAUUAUAUGUACAUAUCUAUUCUAACUAAAUUUAACAAUCAAAGGAUUGGAUCACUUUUUCUCCCCUUGUAAAGAGGUUCAAGAAUGUGGUAAAUUGUAUAGAAAUCUUGUUGAAGCCAAAAUCCAGCUCAGAGGGCCUUACACAAUUUCUUGGAUAUUUGGCAUAGUCAUCUCCCUUUGUGAGUCCAAUGUUAAGAGAGGAGACUUGCAUUUACAGCUAGAGGUUACUGUCAAAUAUUAGAUUUAACAUUUAUCACCUUCAAAAUACAAACAUUACAUGGUCUUCAAAAGGAGUUCCUAGUUCCUUACUUCUAUUUUAAACUUUGGGUACCAGAGCAAAAAGGGAAUUAAAAAUAUAUAUAGAAAGGAAGAAAUCUUCUCCAGAGAAAAGUAUGUCUUGGGAUUCCUGGAAAAUAAUGAUGUCCAGAGCAAAUUGUGAAUAAUAAAAUGUGUGCUGAGAACAGAUGUGGGGGAGGGGCAAAACUAGACAUGGAAGAAGGACCAGUAUAAAGCCACAGCGUCACAGCCUGCUCUGCUUACAUUUUCUGGUCUUGAAUGUGCAGGUAUUCACAUGGUCAUGUGAAGUCGUCAGGGUCCUUUCAUUUCUGUUUUUAACCUGACUUUCCCUGAGGAUGAGGCUGUGGGUGGUGGUGGUGGUGUAGGGUGUGGUAGUAAAGUUGUCCGGUUGGUCACUUCGGACCCUGUAACUCCUCGGUGCAUUCUUUUUUCUUUGGUGUCUCACAAGUUAUUCAACUGUUGAAUAAAACUAUAAAUAUGUUAAUACCAGCUUUUUCCAAUAAAAUAACAAAUGUUACAUC